AGCCCAGCUCAGCCAAGCCCAGCCCAGCACAGCCCAGCACAGCAGAGCCCAGCCCAGCCCAGCCAAGCCCAGCCCAGCCCAGCCAUAUACAGCCCAGCCCAGCCCGACACUGCAACACCCCGCGCAGUGCCCCCGCCGCCCGGCCGCGCGCAAGCCCUGCGCCGGAUAACAGGAACAAGGCGCGUCGCCAGCUUCGGCAUUCGAAAUGUGAAAGUUUAUAAUGUUCCGUUCGAAUGCCCAAAUGAGGCCAUUGCUCGUAAACUCGGAGAAUUUGGCACCGUGCUUAGUGUGGAGAAUGAUGUGUGGCCUGCAGGAUUUAGGCCGGCUCAGCUGCCGCGCGAAGCUGCUGAUACCUCCACGUAUGCGGGCGCGUUGGUUGGACCCCCCUCGAUCACCCCGCCCGACCGACCGGUUUCUGCCGCUCCUGCAGCUGAGGCUCCUGUGUCUGACAAUGUGACUCCGCCCACAGUUGUCGUUCCCCCGGUUGUGUCAGAACAAAGUUUACCUGCCGAUCACACCCCUCGCGAGGUCCGUAUUGCUGAUUUGCCAGCCGUCAGUGUUUCGGACGUGCCCGUUCCGGAGACUUCUGAAAUGUUGGUCGCGUCACCACGGCCGAUUUCAGUCCCCGCCCCGCCGACAGACAAGCGGAAAUUGCCGUCACAGCCGGGCCCGUCCACCGCCGGCGAGGCGGAUGCUAGCGGUGCCGAAAGUGAGGUGUCCCAAGCUUCCACUCAGUCCGCCCCUGCCGAUCCAAAACCGAAGCGUAAAAGGUCAAAGAAGCGUUCGAAAACGGCGCCCACUGAGGGCGUCGACGUCACCUUCGACCAGGCGGUUGAGGGACUGACGGAUACUUUGGUCCAAGAGCGUCGCGACGCACCUUUCGUACACGGUCCACCUGUGUCGGUGCCCACCGCCCCCGCUUCCCGGCCCGUUCCGGACGCCGCACCUGCUCCUUCGGACACCAUGCAGUGGUCUGAUGAUGUGGAGGAGGAUCACUUUUUCUAG